AUGUGCACCCCACACGGAGAAGGAAAUAAGUGUGUCUCCGAACAGAAGGAAAAUGACUGCAACAAGUGUGUGGAAAUGAAGUGUGGUCCUCCCUGUCAAAGCGGCUGGAUUAGGAAAAUAUCUGGACUGCAACAAGAUCAAGGUGUUCGUAACUCGCAAGGCAUUGAACCUUCUUUUUGGGCUUUCGAUAAGACGAUUCUGCAAUGGCUAUCCAACUAA